UUUAGUCUAUUUAUCAGAGGUUCGUCUAAUUCAGGUGGGUAUGAUGGAGUUUGUACGAUUAAUUAAUGCUUUUUCACUUAAAGUUUUAGCACCCACUACCACUACUACAACUACAUUGGCUCCAACGACGACAACAACGACUGAACCCCCAACAACCACAACAACUGAGCCCCCGACGACUACGACAACAACUGAACCUCCUACAACUACGACAACAACGGAACCCCCAACAACUACGACGACAACAGAACCCCCAACAACUACUACAACAACCGAACCCCCGACGACUACCACAACGACGGAACCCCCGACGACUACCACAACGACUGAACCCCCAACGACUACCACAACGACUGAACCCCCGACAACUACCACAACAACCGAACCUCCUACAACUACCACAACAACCGAACCUCCGACAACUACCACAACAACCGAACCUCCAACAACUACCACAACAACAGAACCUCCAACAAGUACGACGACAACAGAACCCCCAACAACUUCCACAACAACAGAACCCCCGACAACAACAACAACCGAACCUCCAACUACUACUACUACAACUGAAUCCCCAACAACUACAACUACCGAAUCUCCAACAACUACAAUAACUACCGAACCUCCAACAACAACAACUAAAGCUCCGACAACAACAGAAUCUCCUACCACCACAACAACGACAACCAAAGCUCCGACAACAACGACAACAACAACGGAAGUUCCUACGACAACAACAAAAGCUCCUACAACAACAACUGAAGCUCCAACUACGACAACAAUUGAAUUAACGAGUACCACAACAACCACAACCACUGAAGCUCCAACAACAACGUCUACUACAACAGAAGCGCCUAUCACAUCAACGACAUCAACUACAACAGAAGCACCGACCACUACAACAACCACAACGGAAAAACCAACCACAACAACAACUACUACCGAAAAACUAACCACAACAACAACAACUACAACAGAAAUACCCACCACGACAACAACUACAACAGAAUAUCCGACCACAACAACAACUGAGAUUCCAACAACAAUUACAUCUACGACAACUCCAGUGGAAACAUCCACAACUACUAACAUUCCAACAACUACAACUACUGAAGCUUUAACAUCUACAACAACAACUGAAUCUACGUCUACUAAACCUCCUACAACAAGUUCGACGAUUCCAACAACUGAAACUACAACAACAACUACUCCUACGACAACAACAACAACUUCAGAAACGUCAACCACAACCAGUGUAACUACUACAACUUCUUUACCUACAACAACAACGACAACGGUAAUUAUACCGACAACAACCACAACUACUACCGUUUCAACGACAGAAUCCACAACUCCGAUUUCAACUACUACAGCUGCAAUAAAUGAGACCUGCUUGCCUUACUGCGAGUCCACAAGCUAUUGUUGGCCCAACAUGAAACUAAAUGGCACAGAUGUAGGUGAUAAAACUGUUUCAUUCGCAAAUGGCCCUAUAGGGUUAGGUUGGGGUGCUUCGUUUCGUUCCGAAGAAGAUUCCGAUGAUGCUGGAGCGUGUCUUAAAUUUACCAAUUUUGCGAAGGAAAAAGGACACGAAAACUGUUUGAAAGAUCCUACCCAGUGUCCAAAUGGAUUCUCUUUCAGCGUUUGGGUUAAUAUUAUAUUUUACAGAAGCAAAAGACGCAAAUAUAUAAUCGAUUCCGGGUGCCCAGGACUGUAUAUUUAUUAUUCUGAAAUUACCCUUUGUGCCGGUUUAUGUAAAAAUGAUCAAAAAUGGGAAGCAUGCGCACCCGGCCCAAUACCGAAUAGUACUUGGAGUAAUUUGGGUGUAGCAUGGAAAAAGGAUAAUGGCAUAAAGAUUUACGUUAACAACACAUUGGAAGCUUGGACUAUGUAUCCGGAAGAAUUAACAGAAGAAGUAAAGAAACAAGAUGAAGUUACAGUUGGUUGCAAGAAAGUUGGAUCUGGUUACAGUCAUUUUGCUGAUUGCGAGCUCGAUGAAAUUGCGUAUUGGUUUCGUGAUCUCUCACCUCAAGAAACAAGUUGUUUUCUUGGUGAUUAUGACGAAGAAAAAAACUGCGAUACAGAAACUCAUCCGUUAUUCUGCGAAACAAAUCUGGCCAAACUCGUUGCUCUUGUGGGAGACAUUCCUUUAGACAAUCCCGAAGUUUUACGCGAGGUUCUAAAACAUUUGGGCAAAGUCGCAAAAAUCGAACCCGAACCAGCGGAUAAAAAAAACAGCACCGAUGAAAAAAUUGAUGAAGAGAAAGAAGAAAAAAUGUGUGAAGAUUUAACAAGUUUGGUCAACAUUAUUAAUAUUAUAAUGGAAAGAACAACAACUUUAUCUAGAAAGAAAAAUAUAAGUGUAGAAGUUUUUGAAAUAAAUCUACUUCUCCAAAAUUUGGUUUGCGGUGCUUUAGCUGAAAAGUAUGCUGACUGUUGGAAAGAGAUAAAUAAAAAAAAUGGCGGUUCCGCAGAAUUGGUAAAAUCGUAUGUGGAUUGGGUGUUGCUAAAAUCAACGGAUACAAAUUACACGGAAGUUCCUACAGUCAUCGAACAGAAAUGUUUUAAUAUUGAAUGCAGGAUCUUUGUUUCGUCGGCAGCAAAGAUACUUGGCGAAGAUAAUGGUAACAUUCCUCUCUCGGAACAUAUGCAAUCAGAAGAACAAAAUGAAACUGCCGAAGAAAAAAUUCAACUUACAGCUUCGUCGAAAAUUAUAGGAAAUAGAAAACCAAAUGAACGUAUUCAUAUACUGAACUGUAAAUAUGACAGUUUGAGUUCGGUUGCACCUCUUCAAAAUUCUAAUUCGGGUGAUGAUGAUGAAUGGGUAUUUAUCGAUGGUGAUGUGACAUCACUAGAGAUGGUACCUGAAGCCAGUUCUGAUAAUUUAGAAAAUGAUCCAAUUUUGAUGGGUUUUUCGAAUAAGCAGAAAAAAAAAAUGACAGGACGUAAACUUCUGGCAUCUGAAUCAGAUAUUGAAAAUUGUGAAAUUAAACAAAGAUAUUGCGUGCGUUGGAAAGAAAGCCAGGAAAUUAAAGGACGAGACGAUAAAGGCGGAUGGUCAGAUGAAGAUUGCAAAUUAGUUAACUCUUCGGAAGAAUCUACGACUUGUGCUUGUCAGUCAUCAGGAAUCUUUACUGUGAUGUCGAAGUUAAGAAAACCUUUCGAUAUUCCACCUGAACCAGAGUGGUUAAAACUAUUAAAAUGGAUUCUUAUGGGUAUUUCUUUGCUGCUUCUUAUAUUUUAUAUAAUUUGCAUCGCCUAUUCCGUACCUUUGCACGAACAAUUUCACACAAUUCGAUUCAACACAUCUAUUGCUGCUGUAGUUGCUUUAGGCUCAUUUUUAGCUGCCGAAUUUUUACGUGACAAUGAAGAGGUAUGCAGAAUUUUAUCAGGUACUAUCCAUUACUCCUACACCGCUGUUUCAGCGUGGCUUUUAAUGGAAGGUCACGCAUUAUUCAGUGCUAUUGUAGCUGGUGUUGUUAAAGGAAGAGUUUUCUUAUAUUUACUUCUUGGUUGGGGCUUGCCUGCUAUAGCUGUCGGUGUUUCGGUCGUCUUAUAUACAGAUUACGGCUACGAUUACAGAUGUAUGGUUGGACCAACGAACGAAAUGAAAAUGAUACUUAUCGGAAGCAUUUUAGCACCAACAACGGUUGCAUUUUUAUGGUCGUUACUAACUAUGUGUAACAUUGGCACUCCUGUUAUCAAGAAAACAGCAGUAGUGAAUGAAAUAAGUUCUGCAGCUAAAACACACUUCAUCGUUAAUAUUUUAUUUCUGGUAACUUGGGUCUGUGCAGUUUUUACUUAUAUUGAUUUACGACUGGAUGACUUACCUCCGUUUAAUCCAGUUUUUCAAGUUUUAAAUGCGUCUUUGGGAAUAUUUUUUGUUUUAAUAAUUGGUUUUGGGUCGAAACAUUUUCGUUCUUCAAUCUGUAGAAGCAGAAAAAGAGGAAUUAGUGCUGCAAAAUCAUUGGAUCCCUUCGAAUAUAAUGACAAUGCUGUUUUAGAUAAAUAUCGAAAAACAUUUUCAGGAUAAAUCAAGUUAAAAGAUGGCAAAUUCAGAAGUGCAAAGUGUAUACACCUAGCAACAUGUGCCUUACUUUAAUAUAGAUGUUUAAAUACAGAUUGUGUAUAGGAAAAAAAAAAAAACAGAUUUUAAGCUUAUACGGUGAGAAAAGUUAACGAAUUUAAUAAAAUUAUUUUAAAAAAAUAAUGUUUUCUACACGAGUAAAUGAAAAUUCACUGUAAUUUUAAUGUAUCCAAUAAACCAAAUAUAUUCAUUAAUAAGAUUUAAUGACAAUUUUGUGUGUUACAAAAAAUAUUAAAUAAUUAUUUUCUUAAAUAAUAUACGAAUAAGACUUUGUUCUACAGCAUUAUAAAUAUAAUUUU